ACACCAACUCCCAGGGUGCAUUGCACGGGCGUUCACAUCCCCCUCUGCUGCCGCGGCGGCGCGAGGGCUCGCCGGGAAGUGGAGUUCCUCUGCCCAGCUCCCAUUUUCCACAGGUUCCGCGAGAUUUUAACGUAGACGGGGUCAGCGUGCGGGAGCAUUUGUCCGGCGGACAAACUGAGCGAUAUAUGACAUGAAAUCUGCGUGAAAAAAGCCCUUUGCAUUCCUGGAGGCAUGUCCAAGAAAAGGGGCAGAAAACGGAGCAGCGGAGAACUGAGUGACACAGCAAGCCCUGACCCCAAUUGCAUUCUGGGAGUCCGCAUUCAACAUAACUGGCGUGAGAAGGGAAACCAGAGCAAAUGGAAGGGAACAGUCCUAGACAGGCUCAGCGUGAACCCGUCUCUGUUCAUGGUGAAGUAUGACGGCUUCGAUUGCGUCUAUGGCAUCGAGCUGUUCAAGGAUGAGAGAGUGUCCAACUUGCAAGUCCUCUCAGAAAAAGUUGUAAACAACAAAAUCAAGAUACCGCCAGGUGCAGAGGAGCUGGUGGGCAAAGCUGUUGAGCAUCUGUUUGAAAAGGAGGAUGGAGAGAAGAAUGAGUGGAGAGGCAUGGUCCUCUCCACAGCUCCAAUCAUGACCAAUUGGUAUUAUAUCACCUAUGAGAAGGACCCCGUUCUUUAUAUGUAUCAGCUGUGGGAUGACUACGCUGAUGGAGACCUCAGGAUUCUGCCUGAAGCAGAAAACAAGCACUUGCUGCCCGCAGACAGGAAGCCCGGAGAGGAGACCGAGAGUCUGGUGGGGAAACAAGUGGAGUAUGUAACUGACAAGGGUGUGAAGAGAACUGGCCUGGUCAUCUACCAGGUCCCAGCCAAGCCCUCCGUCUACUAUAUAAAAUACGAUGAUGACUUUCAUAUCCAUGUGUAUGACCUGGUCAAAACCACCUAGAGAUAGAGGACACUUAUCUCACCCGCCAGCCUCCCUCCAUCUGCUUCUAUUCCACUCAUUGUUACAGUCUGUUAUUCAAAGCCAUGGCAGGGUUGAAUAGUUAAUUGGCUUUAUUGUUCGGAAGAAGUGCAAUCUUUUUUCUUUUUGUAUGCACAGCAGAACUGUAGCGCCGCAAUGCUUUGCAAUUUGAGGGAGGAACUCAACUUGUUUUUAUUUUUGCUGCUCUUCAUACUUUUACAUUUGGACAGUCCAAGAUUGCACUGCCCAACAGCUGCAAAGUGCAGUAGAUAGUGUAUGUGCAUUGUUGUGCCGGAAAUGCUCUCUGAUCUGUCCUUGUGGUAAUUAUCUUAAUAAAUCCUAGUCACUAAAAGCUGCUUAAGAUAUCCUUUUAAUGGGUAAUAAGCUUGGUAUACUCACACUUUUGUGUAGAUGCCUUCCAUGGAGACAUUUAUUAAAUGUAAUGGGUAGAUAAAUACCCAUACUGUAUUUAUCUAUCGAUAAUAUUAAAACAAAUCAGUGUUAUUACUGUAGGGGAUGAAUAAAAGCAGCAUUGUAAAGUCACCUUUUAUUUUCGAGAGCAGUGCAAAUGAAUUGUGCUCAUGUGGAAGUAUACCCCUGCAUCUUUGCUCCAUAUCUAUACUGUACUAUCCAUGGUUGUAUGAAUUAGACACAUUCUCAUGCUGGGCUUCUCUUCUUUUAGCCUUCAGUGGAAGGUUUCUGCACAGACUCCAAAUCAUAGUUUUAACAGCACAAGGUACAUUAGAGUCUUUGUACUGGUAAUUAAGAUGCUAAGUCCCCAUGCAUUUGACCCCACACAAAUCAUCAAGUGCCUUCCGGCUCGUCAUUUUGCAAUAUUGUAUAUACUGUAUGUCUGACCAUCUACACUCAUCAUGAACUUUGCGAAUGAAGGCUGCUAUUAUGUUUUCGUUCAGACGUGGUGACGCUGACAGCUUGAGGAAAGUUUUGCAUCCUUCAGUUUAUACUAGUGCUGUGUUUGCCCUUAAUGCAGUAUGAAAAUGUUCUUUAGCUAUAACAUAUCAUCUUUGGUUGCAAUCUCACUGUUGAUAUUGUGGGGAGUACUUUAACUGUAUUAAGUUUACAUGUCUAGGUUAUGCUAUGCCAAAAUAUUUCCCCAAAAUGCAGCAGAAUAAUACUUUAUAUAUCAUGAGUAUUAAAUGAGAUUGGGGGGGUAGUGUCAAUACAUUCAGAUGACAGUAUUUAAUCUGUAAAAAGAAACUUGUGUAUAACGCCUUGUUAUGUUGCCUGUUGUAAUUAUUCACAAUAUGAAUAUCUCAUUGAAACACCACCAGCUUUAAGUAAAAAGGUUCAUUAAUACACAAAUUAUAACCUGAAUAGUUAACAGGUAUAAUCAACUGACAAAACACUCUGGUCCCAGUCUGUUGUAUCUGUCUUGUAUUUUUGCACAUGACAUCUAGCUUGCAGUCUGGAUUUCAUCUUAACUUUAUCACCAUGCCCUUUUCAGCCUUCUCCAAGUCAUUCAGUGUAUCCGUCAGUAAACUAGUUAAUCAGUAGGUGUACUGUUACUGUUAUUUUUAACUUUAAGAACUCUGAAUGCACCAUCUGAACAGAGUGCCUGGAGUUUUCUAAACUUGACUUUGACAGUGGAGAAGUGACUGUACUAGUAGUUUGUUUAAUCCCCCAUUAAUAUAAAACAAUCAAAAAAUGGUUAACACUGUACAUCACCGCUAGUGGUGAGUGUUUGUGUUGUGUAGAGUGGAGUUUCAAAAGACAGUGCACGCUCUUCUUUGUGCUUUCGAUCACCACCUCCUGUUCUGAAGUUGUAGCACCAUCAACAGGUAAUCUGUGUCAUUAUUAUUCUGUCAUGUGUAAUAAAGGUUUUUGCACAUUU